GCUACAAAUCUGUUGAAAUAAGCUUGCCCGGUUUCAUCGCACUCCUUCUCUAUUCUCCUUCCGUUGCUGCGUAGCACAAUGACCUUUCCAUGGAGAUGCACAAACACUGUGUACAUCGUCCCCACACAAUAAUUCCAAUCUUUGCUUCACCAAUCGAUCCGCUUGCACAAUACCAAUCGGACGUGACGUAUCCACCCGAAGGCUGGGCAGCGAUUGCUCAAUCUCACCACAUCGAUAUCCAUCCUCUGAUAUUCAUACAACGCAUAUUCAGGGCCCGAGAGGUAAUCUUGCGAGACAGCUGUCACUUCUCUCGUCAGCAGAAGUCAUAUUGGACAAGUGGCGACGCGCUUCAAGCAAAAUACAAAGCACAAAACGUUAUCAAGACGUUCUUACUUUCCUCCCCAAAGACCUGUUUAUCUGGCAUGGUCUCAGAAACAUAUCCGUCUGCCUUCCGAUCCGAGGACGAUGCCGGCAUAUGCAAUAAUGAGCCAAUCUGCGAUACCCAGUUACUUAGCUGGCGGCUACGGACUUCUGAGCAGAAGAUCUUACGAGAUAGUUGCUUCGCCAUAUCAUCAUAACGCUUGCGAAAGGCACUGGUGACAUUCAAGG